AUGGCCAGUUCCGCGGGCAUCAGCUUUGCCCAGGCGGCGCAGAAGGAGCAGAAGAAGGCGGAGCUGGUGAGCGUGCAGGUCGAGGGCCAGGUCAUCCUCAAAAUCGCCAAGCACUGCCGGGAGCACGCCAGCGGGUCCUCCGUGGUCACGGGACAGCUGCUGGGCCUGGACGUGGGUCAGACGCUGGAGGUCACAGACUGCUUCCCCUUCCCGGGCAACGUGGGCGACGAGGAGGCGGAGACCUCCAACGAGGGCGAGGGCUAUCAGCUGGAGAUGAUGCGCUGCCUGCGGGAGGUUAAUGUGGACAACAAUAUGGUGGGCUGGUACCAGUCCACCGUCUCCGGCUCCUACCAGGUGGUGGAGAUCAUCGAGACGUUUGUCAACUACCUGGAGAACCUGGACCGCUGCAUCUGUAUGGUGUACGACACACUGGCGGCGGCUUCGGGGGGGCUGGGCCUGAAGGCGGUGCGCCUCACCGAGGCCUUCGUCAAGGCCUUCCGCGAGGGAACGCUGACGGUCGAGAAGGUGCGCACCUCCAACCUGUCCUGGCAGUCCAUCUUCCAGGAGAUCCCCAUUACCGUGCACAACACGCCGCUGGCGGUAGCGCUGGCGGCCGCCAUCACGCCUGUCGCGCACCUGAGCGCGCGCGACGCGGCGCGCCUGACGCUGGCCUCCGCGCCGGUGCUGGAGCGCAACGUGGAGUUCCUGAACGACUGCCUGGACGACAACACCACGCGGCGGACGGCGGGGGAGGAGAUGCUGGGGGAGGAGCCGCCGGAGGGCAUGUUCAAGCCGCCGCCAGAGCCGUCGGCGCUGGACGGCAUGCUCCUGCUCAAGCAGAUGACCAGCUACUGCGACGCGGUCGGGUCCACCUCCGCCCAGGCCAUCCAGCGCCUGGUCAUCGCGGAGGGCCUGCAGCGCAGGCCUUGA